CAAAUCUGGCUACACUGUUACAACUGGCAUCACUGGUGCACAGACGCACGUGUUGCAUCGGUCAGACGAGUUUCCUAUACAAUUCUCGUCGUUAGUUUAGAAAAUCAAUCUAAUUUAUAUUAAUUUAAAUUGUAUUUGUAUCAUAUCUAUUAUGGGAUUGUGUAACAUCGAAUGUGUACAUAGAAUAGCGCAGUAUCUGGAUGUUUCUCCAGGAAAAUUGGAGAUCUCUAAUAAAAGCAUAGUACUUGUUCCAGAAUGUAAAAAUAAUUCUCGACCCAUUCAAGGUUUUAGCACUAUUAUACAAGCGCUGGUAAGGAGUUCAAAAUGUCCUGAAAUACUUGGCAGUGAGAAAGAAGUGCAAGCGCUAACACAACAGUGGUUAGAAUAUGCUAUAGUUUGUGUCAAUCAUGCGGAUCUACCUGUUAAUGCCAAGAGAGUACUCAAUGAAUUAAAUGUAACAUUUAAGGAUGUGACAUAUAUAACUGGCACAGAGAAAACUAUCGCAGAUGUCACAUUGUAUUACAUUCUACAUUCUACAAUGAAAGAAUUGAGUUAUCAGGAGAAGGCACAAUAUAUUCAUGUAUCAAGAUGGUUUGACAAUAUUCAACAAGAAGAGAAAUUAAGACGGGAACUGGAUCUGAUACCUUUUAAAUUAUUGCGCCUAUUUUUGUAGUCUCUCUCGAGAUGAAUGUCCUGAACUCGUUGCAUUUCUUCACAGUAAUCUGAAUUCCAGUGAGAUAUUAAAGCAGUCAUACGAGAA